AUGAUCGAUCCACUUGCAUGGGAUCUUCCCUGCAUCAAUCAAGCUCGAAUCACCCAUGCGGUCAAUCAAGCUCGAAUCACCCAUGCGGCAGCGUCACAUCAGGCCCCACAAGCGUACAUUGCAUCCACCAAUUCCACAUCAGUAACCACGCCGGUUGAUGCCAUACAGACGGAUACCGAUCCUACAGUCAGUUAUACGCAAGUCAUCAAUGAUCCUCCCUCAGCUACAAAGAAAAAAUCUCCCAUCGCGAAAGCCCCCGCAGCCCAAAAGAAAAGAAAAGUUGGAUCAAAAUCCAAAGGAAAUGCGGACGAUCCUACCACGUCUAAUGAAAUAGAUUCCAGUAACAAAAUUCUCCAUGUCAACUGCCACACGUCGUUCAAGCUCUUUGCGUUGGACCAAAUCAAGAAAGGCAAGAGCACCUGGAUCCCUAUCAACUCCGAGGAAUCCUUUGAUAUUGUCCUCAUUGCCAGGCCAAAGGACCAGGCAACUACUUACAACGAUUUCAACAAACUAGUCGCGGCGCAAUGUGAAGAGGUUGAACGAAAUACUGCUCACAUCAUCACUGACUUGGUGAAAUUGGGUAAACCUGUCAUAAAAUGGUCAGUUUCAAUCCCUCGUGUUCAUGGGUUCCAGAAGGGGAAGCCGUUUAGGGUGGUCGACAAGAAGGCUUUCAAUACCUGGAUUGAGACGCUUGCUGAGAACAAGACGAAAGACGCAAUACGCAAGGAUGCCAAGAGGACCAUUGAGCAGGCCAAGGAAGCCAAAGGAGCGGAGCUCAUCAAAUAUGGCAAGCGCAAACCGGAUGAUGGGUCUGGGUCUGACAACAAUGAUGAGGACGGCAAGCCCGAGCUUGACAAGCUGGAUUCCAAUGCGGUGAAACUGGUAGUGCGGAAAAUCUACGCAACUCACCAUACCAAUACCUUGUAUGACCGAGACCUUCCCGUGUACAUCAACCCCGCCAAUCCCAACAGAUUUAUUCUCUUAACCUGGGGAAACAUACAGAUGUGGGCAAAGGCCAUUACACAAUCAAAAAAAGGAGUCUCUAUUGAAUCUCCGCCUAACAACCUCCGGUAUGAAACCCUCUUGGCCAAGCGGGCAAAGGUCGCUGCUGUGAACAGCACUUUAACUCAACAAUAUACCUGCCAUUCCGGUGCAUGCCACGAUUUGCACCAACACCUAGCUCAACUCCCUCUCAGCUCCGAUGGUCCUCAACUGGCUCCCAGUGCGGGAAUCCAAGAUUACGUCAACUUCAUCGGCGGCUUGCGGGAAGCAGACAAGGUUAUUGACAUCCUCAUUGAAAACAACAUGACAAACUACAAGUCCUUUCGCUCGCCUAAUCUUGAUUGCAACUACCUUAUAAAAGAACUUCACUUGACUGUGGAGGUGGUGACUCAGCUGUGUGAUUACGUGGGCAAGUUUGAAAAACACUUGGCCAAGCAGCAAGCUUCAUUUUAA